CCAUGCGCAUUUUAAUAACAUUUGGUCCUAUCUUACUUUAAUCGAUUGCUGUCACUAGCCUAGAGAAAGCUCAUAAUUUUGCAUAGCCCACAUUGGUAAAUAAAUCAUGCCCGUCACCCUCCCUACUUGCUAACCAACGCAUUAUCAUCUGCAGAAUCAAACCUAACAAACAUGGAGAUUUCACAAGUUCCUCUUGCACACAAGCUUCUGACACUUCUUUUAAUCUCGUUCGCAGACCUGGCUUUGCCUUUUCCUUUUGAAUUUCAACAAGGUAGCAGACAAUGGCAAAUGACGUCAGAUGUUAGAGAGGUUGCAGGAAAGCACUAUGAUUACAUUGUUGUCGGGGGAGGCACUGCUGGUUGUCCAUUAGCAGCAACUUUGUCUGAGAAAUUCUCUGUGCUUCUGGUAGAGAGAGGCAGCUCACCGUUUGGGAAUCCCCUAGUGGUUGAAAAGAGAUACUAUGGUUUCCCAUUACUGGACACAGACGAAUACACAUCAGUAGCACAAAGCUUCACAUCCGAGGAUGGCGUGAGCAAUGUGCGAGGAAGAGUACUUGGAGGCUCAUCAGCCAUAAAUGGAGGCAUCUACAGCAGAGCUAGUGAAGAAUAUGUUAGUAAAGCUGGUUGGGACAAGAAACAAGUAAAAGAAGCAUACGAGUGGGUGGAAUCUAAGGUCGUCUUUCCACCAAUGUUUCUCUCUCCAUGGCAGUCUGUAGCAGAGUUCAGCCUUCUCGAAGCAGGGAUUCUACCUUAUAAUGGGUAUAGCUUGGAACACAUCAAAGGAACCAAGAUUUCUGGUAGUGUGUUCGAUGGAUUUGGAAAAAGACACACCUCUGCUAACCUUCUACGGGCUGCCAACCCAAAGACCCUGAAAGUUCUUCUAAAUGCAACAGUCAAAAGCAUAAUCUUUCAUUCCAAUGGUAACAAGAAUGAAAGCAGAGCUCGUGGCAUAAGGUUCAUCCAGAGCCUUGGCAGCCUAAAUGAAACCCAUGAAGCCUACAUCAACAUGCCUAAGAACUCAACUUCAUGGGGUGAUGUAAUAUUAACGGCAGGGGCAUUGGGCAGUCCUCAACUUCUGCUUCUAAGUGGGAUUGGACCAUACCGACAACUACAAAAGUUCAACAUACCACCAGUGCUUGACUUACAAGGGGUAGGACAGGGAAUGCAGGACAACCCCUGCAUAGCAAUAUUGGUUAAUACUAAGCCAGGAAAAUGGCUGCCGGAUCCGCCACUUGUGGCGGGCAUAGCCGAUGACAUGAAAGUUAUAGUUGAAGCAGCAAUACAACCCCUAACUGCUAAUUCAACAAGGGUUAAUGUUGCUGCCAAAAUAGCUUCCCCCUCCUCGAGAGGGAAACUUGAACUGAAGAACAAAGACCCUAGGCAGAACCCUGCAGUGAAAUUCAAUUAUCUAGCAAGUCAAAAGGACAUGGAGGAGUGUGUGAAGAUGACUAAGUUGCUGUAUAAAAUUGCAAGGUCUAAAUCUAUUGCAGUUUUCUUUGGCACGGGAAGCCAGAAAAAGGCGACAUCGUCCACUGAGUAUGAUCUGAGAAAAUUGUGCAGGAAAAAUGUAAGAACUUUCUAUCACUAUCAUGGAGGCUGCAGGAUUGGAUCAGUGGUUGACAGACACUACAAGGUUUAUGGUGUGAAGGGACUAAGAAUCAUAGACGGCUCAACAUUCUCAGAGUCACCUGGCACAAACCCAAUGGCUACCCUGCUCAUGUUAGGCAGAUAUCAAGGAAAGCAGAUUCUCAAAGAAAGAGAACCAGUUUCCGAUCUGAAAUCAAAAUAAAAAUAUUUCUUCUUGCUUCUGUUAUAUUAAAUAAUGUUCUGUAUCAUCAUAAUUCAGCACUUAGGAUCCCAAUCAAAUAGAAUGGACUCCGUGAAUUUUUCAACAACGCUUGAGAUGCACGGUCAAUGAUUCUCUAUGUAACCUACUAACAACAUUAAUAUUUUUAAAAAGAGAUCAAAAGAAUACGGAAACUAAAAAUUUCAUUAUUUUAUGUCGAA